AUGUGUCUUGUCUGCAGUCCAUGUAUAUUCUUCGAACCUCCAAUCUCACUACUCCUUACCGUUCACCGAGCUACCACACAAAAACAUAAAUACAUCAUGGCAAGCAUCGGUACGCCCGCAGUGGUCAUGGACAAUGGUACCGGGUUGACCAAACUUGGUUUUGCCGGAAACGAUUCACCCAGUUUUGUCUUUCCAACGGCCAUUGCUACAGCGUCCACGUCUGGUGGAGGCGCCCGUGGAGGCAGCAGCACCGGUUCGUUUUUAUCUUCGAAACGAGGAUUAGAGGACUUGAACUUUUUCAUCGGUGACGAAGCAUUGAGUGCUGCCAAUGGCCCAAACUAUAACUUAUCGUAUCCAGUCAGACAUGGACAAAUUGAGAAUUGGGAUCAUAUGGAACGGUUUUGGGAGAAUUCCAUUUUCAAAUACUUACGAUGUGAGCCCGAAGAUCACUACUUCUUGUUGACGGAACCUCCGUUGAAUCCACCUGAAAAUAGAGAGAGCACUGCUGAAAUCAUGUUUGAAUCUUUCAACUGUGCUGGUCUUUACAUUGCUGUGCAAGCCGUAUUGGCGUUGGCUGCUUCGUGGACAUCUUCCAAGGUCAAGGAUCGGUCGCUCACCGGUACGGUCAUUGAUUCGGGUGAUGGUGUUACUCAUGUUAUUCCCGUUGCUGAAGGCUAUGUCAUCGGCACCUCGAUCAAGAAUAUUCCAUUGGCUGGUCGUGAUAUAACAUCGUUCAUCCAGUCUUUGUUGAGAGACAGAGGUGAGCCUGACACAUCCUUGCAGACGGCGGAAAAGAUCAAGCAGCAAUUCUGUUAUGUGUGUCCUGAUAUCGUUAAAGAGUUCAAGAAAUUCGAUCAAUAUCCACAAGAAAAGUUUGCCCAGUAUGUGGUUGAAUACGCCGAUAAAAACAGAAAGAACAUUGUGGAUGUUGGAUACGAACAGUUUUUGGCUCCGGAAAUCUUUUUCAAUCCUGAAAUUUGUUCCUCUGAUUACUUGACUCCAUUACCAGAGGUGGUGGAUUUGGUGAUUCAAUCAACUCCAAUUGAUGUGCGCAAAAAAUUGUACAAGAACAUUGUGUUGUCUGGAGGAUCAACAAUGUUUAAAGACUUUGGCAGAAGGUUACAAAGAGAUAUGAAAACGAUUGUGAACGAAAGAAUUGAAACGAGUGAGCGUUUGAGUGGUGUGAAGAGUAGUGGUGUCGACGUCCAGGUUAUAUCACACAAACGUCAAAGAAACGCUGUUUGGUUUGGAGGAUCCUUAUUGGCACAAACUGCUGAAUUUAAGAGCUACUGCUACACGAAACAAGACUACGAUGAAUAUGGGCCAAGUAUCGUUAGAAACUUUUCCUUGUUUUCCGUGCCAUAG